AAGGAACUCCCUUUCUGAUUUCCACAUCUAUUGUUUUUUCUUCUAUUUCGGACCAAUAUAAUCGUUCAUUUGUAUAGGAGGCGGGGCUUGCGGACCCUCCUGUCUCAUUUAUAGAGGAAAGGCGAUUGGAGCAGAGUGCUGCUGCUGCUGCUGUCUGACAUUGGAGAUCCGGCCAUGAAUUCGGCCGAACAGACGGUAACGUGGCUCAUCACGCUGGGGGUCCUGGAGUCCCCCAAGAAGAGCAUCUCUGACCCGGAGGCUUUCCUCCAGACGUCUCUGCAGGAUGGAGCGGUGCUCUGCAGGCUGCUGGAGCGACUGCGACCCGGGACCGUGGACAAAUUCUUCCAGGAGCCGAGGGGCGACAGCGAGUGUCAGCGCAACAUCUCCGAGUUUGUUAAAGGCUGCGGGGCUUUCGGCGUAGAGCCCUUCGAGGUUAAUGACCUCCUGCAGGGGCUCAACUUCUCCACGGUCCUAAACUCCUUGGUUUCGCUCAACAAAGCUACUGAAGAUUUAAGUGUUUCUGAAGACGGCGAGUGUGCGCCGCACUCCUCGCACUUGAGGAUCAAGUCCUUUGACUCUCUGAACUCUCACAGUCGCUCCUCCAAGGUGCUGCAGCCUCAGUACCGCAGCCUGGACAUGUCGGAGGGCGGCGGGUGCGGCCACGCGCUCUUCAAGGCGCGCUUCACUUUCCAGCAGACCAACGAGGACGAGCUCUCGUUCUCCAGGGGCGACAUCGUCAGUGUGAGCCGGCAGGAGGAGGGGGGCUGGUGGGAGGGCUCGGUCAACGGCAACUCGGGCUGGUUCCCCAGUAACUACGUCCGGGAGCUGAAAGGAAGCGAUAAGACGUUAGAAAAGCCGAAGUCUGGCACCCUGAAAAGCCCCCCCAAAGGUUUUGACACCACCCUCAUCAGUAAGACCUACUACAACGUGGUCCUGCAGAACAUCCUGGAAACAGAGAGUGAAUAUUCGAGGGAUCUCCAGAGUCUCCUCGGCUCCUACCUGCGUUCGCUUCAACCGACAGACAGACUCAGCAAUGUUGACAUCAGUCACAUUCAUGGGAAUCUGGAGGAGAUCUCCACCUUCCAGCAGAUGUUGGUUCAGUCCUUGGAGGAACACACAAAACUCCCAGAGAACCAACAGAGGAUCGGGGCCUUCUUCCUCAACCUGAUGCCCCAGAUAAAGCUCCUCUACGUGGCCUACUGCUCCAACCACCCGCUGGCUGUCAACGUACUCGUACAGCAUAGUGAGGAGCUGGGGCAGUACAUGGAGUCAAAGGGGUCGUCCACUCCUGGGAUCCUGACUCUGACCACGAGUCUGAGUAAACCCUUCACCCGACUGGAGAGGUACCCAACACUGCUGAAGGAACUGGACAGACACAUGGAGGACCAACACCCGGACAGAGCCGAGCUCAUUGCUGCCAUGAUGGACUUUAAAAACUUUGCAGUUCAGUGCCAGCAGGUGAGGAAGAAGAAGGACCUGGAGUUGCAGAUUCUAACGGAGCCGAUCCGAAACUGGGAGGGGGAUGACAUCCGAACCCUCGGCCCCGUUCUGCACAUGUCCCACUCCACAGUCCACACGCAGGACUGCCAGGAGUCAAACGAACGCUACCUCGUCCUCUUCCCUCACACGCUGCUCGUGCUCUCCGCCAGCUUGAGGAUGAGCGGCUUCAUCUACCAGGGACGGGUACCGCUCUCAGGGAUGCUCAUCUCCAGAAUAGAGGACGGAGAAAACCUGAAGAAUGCUUUUGAAAUUUCCGGUGGCCAGUGUGAUCGGAUGCAGGUGGCCUGUAGCACUCAGCACGAGCUACAGGAGUGGCUGGACCUUCUCACGAAACACACACACACUCCGGCCACGCCCACACACAGGCCUCAGUCCGUCUGCCACACAUUGCCCUCUCAGCCCGCCACUCCCUCCAGACACUCCGAGUCCCGCGGAGGGAGCGUUGGCCACGCCUACCACACCCUCCCCCGUCCCCCGUCAUUCGGGACGGGGCUCAAUAACAGCUCUAUGUGGGGGCCCCUGGAGCCGCCGAGUACCCCCAAACCCUGGAGCCUGAGCUGCCUUCGCCCCGCUCCUCCUCUCCGGCCCUCGGCCGCUCUCUGCUUGAAGGAGGAUGUGAGUAAGAGUCCGAAGAACAUGAAGAAACUUCUGCCAAAGAGGAAGCCAGACCGGAAACCUUCAGAGGAGGACUUCGCGGUCAGAAAAAGUACAGCAGCUCUAGAGGAGGACGCUCAGAUACUGAAGGUGAUUGAGGCGUACUGCACCAGCGCCAAGACACGGCAGACGCUCAACUCCACCUGGCAGGGGACCGACCUCAUGCACAACCAUGUGCUCGCUGACACCAGCAUCACCGUCGCUGGUUUCCCCGGCAACCUGCCGAGUUCUGACCAGUCAGAGGACUCUGAUUAUGAAAGUCUCUGGACCGCCCAUAGUUACAGGACGGCCUCAUUUUCUCGCUCCAGCAGGAAGGAUGUGCACAUGUUGUUCCCCGAGGAGGAGAAGAUCAUCGUGGAGGAGACCAGGAGCAACGGGCAAACUGUGGUGGAGGAGAGGAGUCUGGUGGACACCGUGUACAGCCUGAAGGAUGAAAUCCAGGGGCUCAAACAGGACAACAAGAGGAUGAAGAGGUCGCUGGAGGAGGAGCAGCGGGCGAGGAAGGAGCUGGAGAAGGUCGUCAGGAGAGUCCUGAAGAACAUGAACGACCCCACCUGGGAUGAGACCAACCUCUGAGACCGAUGUGGAUCCCAUCACCAAUUUCUGACUUGACAAUGACCAAAAAACGAGCCGUUUAGGACCCCCCCCCCCCCCCCCCCCACGUGGACCGAAGCUGCCAACGUCACCACCUUCACCUGCUUUGACCUUCGCGGUGACCUUUGUGAUGACCUGUGGACCAAGAGUAAAAAGCCUGCCAGCCGGCAGCGACGCCGUCCCGACCGACCGCAAAGCUGUGAAGCCAAAUUAGCUGGUAGGUGUGAUGACAUCACUUCCUGUGCGUUUCCACACAGCCUUGUUCGGAGCACCGACGACCUCUUUCUCUCGUCCACCUGUGAAUUCAGCUUUCAUUCCUUCGUGCGCUUAUUAUCGGCGAGUAUGAUUUUUUUACCUUUCCCACGACAGUGUUUUAUUGAUUGGCCUCGUGCAUGAAAUAUACAUUUCAAAGAGAUAUGAACUUGAAAUAGACACCCACACUCCCCAUUUCACCAGCAGCCAUUUUUAUUUGAUUGUACGAUAUAUUUUUCUGGAUUCUAAGAAAUUAUAACGUUGGUUUAUUUUGUAUAUUAAAUACAAAAGUGUAGUGCAGCACUCGGCCGCUUCAAUUUAAAGUAAACUUACGUUUACCAGCUCUUAAAAGUUCUCCGAUAGAUGUGAAGGAAGAUCACCAUAUUAUUGAAUGAAUCUUUAUGGGAUAUGCACGUUUCUGGAGUGAUUAUAAAAAAAUAUAUUUGGAGAGAGAUUUUCUCAGGAAUUAGUUUCAGCCUUCAGCUCCAGAUUAUACUUCUAUUUAAAGUGUCAUAUUCUUAAAGAUUAUCUCUACAUCUAUCAAAGAAACUUUUAAGAGUUUAGGAAACCCUGAUUUAGAAGACUGUUUGACGUGGAAAUAAUGCAGAUGACCUCAAAGCCAAUUAACAUGAAUGCAGGCUGCUGUAAACACGAUGUGAAGGCAGUACGUCACUUUACGAUCCAGCUAAAUGUACAUGUUCACCUGUAAGAGUCAUUUCAAGUUUUAUUUAUUACGUUUAACUUUUUUUCUAAACUACUGUCAGCUUUUUGUUGUUGUUGCUCCAGCUGUCAAUAUUACGAGGUCAGAAGGAUUCAGUUGAACCGUUCGCGCUCGCCAAAGUCCAAGCAAUACAACACUGGAACAUUUUUAAAACAUUUUUUUUACAGUGUCAAUAUGCAACUUACCGUGUAAUGCUUUCUGAUUUUUAUAUUUGUGAUUCGUGUUUUUACUUUUUGAUUUGUAACGCUGCUUAUUUUCUACCGUUUGACCACACUGGAGUUGAGGCGAGCCUCGGGGAGAACAAGCAUUCCUUUGCUGAAGUUAUUAUUGAAAUAAAUAAAAAAAACACACUAAUGCAAAAUAAAUCGUCAAAUAAUGACCGUAUGUAUUUAAAUGAAAGUGAUAAAUGUGUGUGUGUUCAAGUGUCAUGGCGUCAUCGCAGUAGUUACUAUGACGAGAAUCCUCCUCCCUCUAUUUAUUUCACCCGUUUGUCUGUGAAUAAAACGAUGAAUCAAA